UUCUCCGACACUCUGGGUUAAAGGGGUUUGGCCGGCUGAUUAAUCAGGGGGUCAGACACGGUCAACUCAACCACCCCCACCCCAAAACAGCAAGGAACAGUUUAAAAACUUUCUAUCCGCCCCCCUAAUCUCAGACCGAUUUAAACUGUUGCUGAUGAUGGGAAAUGUUUCUGAAAACUUGUUUUCCACUUAAUUGUUACUUCACACGCAGGAGGGGAUCACCCGCAACUUCCAUGUUUAACGAAAGAGGGAAGGUGAAAGUGAAGGCGGGCUGUCCCUCCUCCAGGCCGGGGUGAGCUGCGAACCUGUGUGUAUUGGGGUGAAGGAAAUUAAAGUCUGCCAAUGAGAGGCGGCGAGAUCAAACCGCCCCGUCCUGGGUUAUAAGAGGCGGCCAGUCGCUCAGAGACUGCAGUUUCCAACUUCCUCAUCAACCAGGACUGACAACGGGCUUGAAGAUCCGUUCCAGAUGGCUGCCCUGCUGCUCCUGCUUACCUCUGCCCCGCUCCUUGUGGUGGCCACUUGGUACGGGAGUCCGGAACAGGAGCGGGACAACCUGCGCCGCUUCCUGGGUAGAGCCCAGACCGCGCCCGCUGAGCGGGGGGUGCUGGGUCCUGGCCACCGACCCCGCUACCCGUUCUACAUGAUCCAACUGUACAAGGCUGUGACUGGCAGGGGUGGCAGGGAUCUCUCCGCCCAGGACCAGGCGGCGAUGCAGCAGGCGGACGAAGUGGUCAGUCUCUUGGCCAGGGCUUGGAAUCACAGUGAAGACAGCUGGGGUAUCGAUUUUGACCUGACCUCCAUCUCUGCCCGUGAGACGGUACAGUUUGCCGAGCUGCGGAUCCGCCCACCCCUGUUCUCCGCCUGCCGAAACUCCACGGUUGUCAUAAAUCACAGCCACAGCUACAAAUGCAACGGCAACGGGACGUGUCGCGACCGCUCGUCUCUGGGCUCCUUCACCGCAAGUCCUUCCAGCGCCAGGUCGGGUUGGCAGGUCUUCAACAUCACCGGCCUCCUCAGCAGCUGGUUGAGCCACCAGUCCCUUGAGGGGUCCGGGCCCCGGCAUCGGCACCAACCUCUCACCCAAGGUUGCCAGAAGGAGGAGGAGCGGCGACACCCUCUGCUGGGCAAGCUCAGCAAACCGGGAGCCGCGGACAGCCGGAGGAAGUUUCCUCAGCGGAGCGCCCACCAGAUCAUGAUGGUGGUGUUCCUCAAGAGGAAUAACACCAAGGUAGGAGGGGCAACCUCCACCCUGCUGAGCACCGUGCAACACCGGCUGACCAGCAAGAUAAGGGAGGACACGGGCAGCAAGAGGCAGAAGAGGAACAGGAAGGAAAGGUUGAAGAUAGGCAACAGCACCUUGGACCUGAGGAGGGACCAGUCCUUGUGCCGGAGGAUGGAUAUGGAGGUGAACUUUGACCAGAUCGGCUGGGGCGAAUGGGUCAUUUACCCCAAAACCUUCAAUGCUUACCGGUGUGGCGGGGAGUGCCCAUCGCCAGUGGAUGAGACUUUCAUGCCAACCAACCAUGCCUACAUGCAGAGUCUGCUGAAGUCCUUCCAUCCAGAGCGUGUGCCCUGCACUUCUUGCGUACCAAUCAAGAUGAGCGCCUUGUCCAUGUUGUACUACAAGGACUGGGAAGUGGUGCUGAGUCACCACAAGGACAUGAUUGUGGAGGAGUGUGGCUGUCAUUAAAUGAAGCCACGCACAACACAUGGCUCUCCAUUUAAAAAAAUAUGUAAUGUAAAUAAUGAAAUACAAUAUAUAGUUGACAAAAUAUAUUUUUGUAUAAAUGUAAUAAAUGUACUGUGAAAAUAUUUUGACUGUGCUGGGUAAACUUUGAUAUAUCAA